GCCGUCCGGUCGAUAAACGACGAACGGAACGCGUGCGGAGGUGCAGGAAGAGCUGCCGCGAGAUCCGUCGCAGCCACGGAAGCGGUGCGGUCGUCGUGCACGUAGAGCCGCGUGAAACGCGGUAUGCCGCGCGGCCGUGAGUCGCGGCGACGACGACGACGACGACGGCAGCAAGGAGCACGAGAAGGAGGCCGACGGGUCGUGCAAUAAUCGGCUGAGGAUCGCGGACGGCGGGGAGCCGCCCGGGCGCCGCGCGAGGUGCGCGCGCGCGCGCGCGCGCGAGAGCGAGCGAGCGAGCGAGCGAGACACAGCAGGUCAGCGUCGAAACAUGCGUCCGCUGCGGGUCGGCGAGAACGCGACAACCGAGGAGUCAGCCAGCACGACCAGCUGUCAGGGAGACGAGCAUCAGCGUCAUCGUCAUCGUCAUCGGGGCCACCGCCACCAUCGCGACCACCACCACCGUCAGCAUCGCCGCCGACGACGCCGCCACCACCGCCGCCGCGCUUGAGUCAGUGCGUGAUCGGACGGAGGCGACGCACGCAAAAUGGCUUCGGGCGACAAUGUGGACGUGAUCGAGGUGGUCGAGACGAGUUUUUCCGGCCUGGCGCCGCCCGCGCUGGAUCACCGAGCGGACCAGUCCGCCGACGAGGACUAUAAGUCGAGCGGAGAAAAAACAACGGCAUUUGACAGCUCAGUAGUGCAACAUGGCACAGCAGGUGGCAAGGCCCCCGUGGGGGUGUCGAGAAACAAAUCGGAGCGAGAAAGGAAGAUCGGCCACCGGAGAGUGGGUGUGGGAGGUGAAAUCACGUAUAAGAAGAUCCAAACCACACAAAUCAUGGGCUCGAUUCAGUUGGGCAUACAACACGCGGUCGGCGGCCUCGCGAGCAAGCCUGAGCGCGACUUGCUGAUGCAGGACUUCAUGACGGUGGAGACAACGAAUUUCCCCAGCGAGGGAUCGAAUCACACUCCGGCCCAUCACUUCUCGGAGUUUAAGUUUAAGAACUACGCGCCCAUUGCAUUUCGUUACUUUAGAGAUCUCUUUGGCAUUCAACCGGACGACUUUUUGAUGUCGAUGUGCAGCGCGCCACUGCGCGAGUUAUCGAAUCCUGGCGCUAGUGGGAGUAUCUUUUAUCUAACGGAAGACGAUGAAUUCAUCAUAAAGACUGUACAACACAAAGAAGGCGAGUUUUUACAAACUCUACUUCCAGGAUAUUACAUGAAUCUGAAUCAGAAUCCAAGAACAUUGUUGCCAAAGUUUUUUGGAUUGUAUUGCUAUCGGUGUAAUAGUAAGAAUGUUAGGUUAGUGGCUAUGAAUAAUCUUUUACCCUCGUCCGUGAAACUGCAUCAGAAGUAUGAUCUGAAAGGAUCGACGUACAAGAGAAAGGCAUCGAAAACGGAGCGCUCCAAGUCUUCUCCGACGUACAAGGACCUGGAUUUCAUUGAGCAUCACCCGGAGGGGAUCUUUCUGGAAGCCGAUACGUACGGCGCGCUCGUGAAAACUAUACAGCGCGAUUGUCGCGUGUUGGAAAGUUUCAAAAUCAUGGAUUACUCGCUGCUCGUCGGGAUUCACAAUCUCGACCAGGCCGCGAAGGAAAAAGCUCAAGAACAAAGAUUAUCGGCCAGCGCCGAUGAGGAAGGGGAAAUGGGUGGCGAAAGCGGCGGAUUCAUUCACGUUGAGAGGGAAAAAGAGCGGGACGACAGAAUAGGCGCCGUCGCUUUGAAUCGAUCACGCAGUAUAAACCGUCAAAGGUUGGUUGCUCAUAGUACCGCGAUGGAGAGUAUUCAGGCUGAAAGCGAGCCGAUAGACGAAGAGGAUGAUGUACCUUCAGGCGGCAUUCCUGCCAGGAACGCGCGUGGUGAACGUCUCUUAUUAUUCGUUGGCAUUAUCGACAUUCUGCAGAGCUACAGGUUGAAGAAAAAGCUCGAACAUACGUGGAAAUCAAUGAUACAUGACGGAGACACUGUAUCGGUUCAUCGACCAGGAUUUUACGCGCAACGCUUUCAAGACUUUAUGGCCAAGACAGUAUUCAAGAAAAUACCGUCACUGGACCUGCCUGAGAUUAAGGGGAAUCACCGCAAAUUCCGUAACCUCGUCACCAGCUACAUAGCCUUGAAACAUUCCCCGUCGAAGAGGAAAAGCAUCACCAGACCGCUAAGGCCGUUGGACGGUGACUUCGACUCGACCGCGGUGGCGGCAACUGGAGGUUCGACAAUGCAUGCUACAUCACCCACGAAAGCCGCAGUUAGCCCACCCGAUCCUGCGAUCAGCGCGACCACGAACACGGCGAUCUCGAGCGGCUCGGUGCCGAUCGCCACCUCGACACCGGUUAACCUUGCCGCCGGCCCGCUGAGCCCACCCCCGUUGACCUUGGCCGCCGGUCAGGCUUCGCAUCGCGACGAGCAUCCACUGGGGGUCGCCGCCGCCCCCACGGUCAAGGUCACGAGUUAUCCGGCCGUGCUGAAGGGCAGGAGCGCGGCCAGUCCGCCGAAUCCGAACCUGGUGCCGUCUGGCAAGGUGCCACCGCCGGUGCCGCCGCGCGGCACCGGCUCCUCGAGGACCGCGAGGUCCUCCGAGGAGCACCGCGCGGCCGGCGCCGCCUCGACCACGUCGUCGGUGACUUCCAGCCGAGGUGGCACCCUUCCCUCCACCUGCUCCACCCCGCCCCCGCCCUUUGACGAUGCAGUCCGCUCGAAUGACCAAACCCUGGCUUCCGGUGGUCACCUUCAGCAGAGCGGUGCGGCCAACGUCCUCGCCAGCAGCCUGGCCUCUGCUCAUUCCAAGCAGAAUAAGGUCGUUCAUCACGUUACAGUCACCAAGAUGUAUCACGACACUGUCAGGAAAAGGAAAAUCAUAUCGGACGUGCACCUGGAGAGCAGCGGCAGCGGCAGCGGCAGCGGCGGCAGGGAAACCAAGUCGUCGUUGAGCGUCGAGAGCGGCGGCAGCAGCCGCGGCGGCGGCAGCGGCAGCGGCGGCGGCGGCGGCGGCGGUCUCACGUGGACCCCGCCGGCCGGAAGCGCCGAAGGCUCUACGCCCACGUGGACCGAGGGCACGCCGUCCUUCACCGAGAGCUCGAGCAGCGGCGACAUCGGUUGCCCGACCACGCCGAUCAAGGGUAAUCAGCGGCAGGACGACGGCGGGAGGAUCGCGGCCACUGUGGAGGAGGCGUUAGCCAGUCUCACCACCGAGAUGAAACGAAGCAGCCAAGACGGGCAGCACGAAUUGGAGCAAAGCACGUCGUUUUCGUUUUACCGUCAGAUCAGGACGAGCCUGAAGCGCGGUGGCACGAAUCACGUCGCGAUCAUGAGGAGCAUGCAAAGGGCAUUAAACGUUCGACGCCGAGCACCAUGACGCACGCAGGGUCCCGUCAGUCAGGACCGACGUAGAUACUAUUAGGAUCAUUGUUUAUACACGUAUAAUUUUUUACUCGUCCGAAAGGUGUCCCGAGAUUGCCUGCGCGGCGGCGAAUCGAGCGAGUCGAGAACUUUAGAGAUCUGAGAUGUGGUCGAGUUACGUCGAAAUUGCGUAUGUCGCGGAAAAUCACGAUGUAUGUUGCAAUUGAUAAUCUUGUCGCGAGGUGGUGCCUUCGCGAAAAUUUUUUUCAGCGCGGAAUGCGAUCGACAAAGUAUGUCGAUCGAUAUAUGUGUAUUGUUUAAUAUACCCGAGUCGAAAUUCUGUUUCCCCAUCGCUCCUGCAAGUUGCGUCGAACUUGAAGAAUCUCGAGAUAUAACGUUAUGUAUUAUCUCCCCUGGAUAUUGAAAAUGUUCGUUCGCUGCUGUUUUCCUCGCGUGCAACGAAGAUUGAUGUAGGAAUUACUUAAUAUUCGGUUAUCUCGAUUUUCUACCUGCAUGUUUAAUCGUUUCUUACAUUCGACGAGCAAUAUAUUAAUAAUGUAACACACUCGACUGCGGAUAGAAUAUGUGCGAUAAACAAAUAUUAAAUAACCUAAUCAUUCAAAGAUUAAUAGUUGGAAGGUAAAAUAAACAAACAACAACUUUUAUUUUCUUAUAAUUCUUUUCUUUCUUAUGGGCGUUGGAUGUUUUGGGAUUUGGGGAUUCCAGGUGAUGAAAAGGAAGGAAUCCUCUUCUUCUUUCGAGGAUAGUAGUAUGCCCGACAAUGAUACAUGUCAAUGGGAACUUUUCAUUUGGGUUCAGUGACAAGGAUAAACAGAAGUGAAAAAAAAUGGUGAUGGAGGACAGGGUACACAACAUAUUAUCAAAGACGUAAAUCAACAAUCGCGAGUCUUACGCUCUAACGUUCGGAGAGGCCGGUAUUCAUAAUUUGUCAUAUUCCCAAAUAUUUAUAAAUAUAUAUUAUAAAUUAUGUCAUAAAUAUAAUAUUAUAAAUUAUGAUUUUAUGAAUUACGGCUUUACGAAUCCUCCUUCUUAAUUAUCAAUCACGUCAAAUUGUCAUUAUUUUAUUUAGAAAAAUGUCAACUCAAACGCCUGAAUAAUAAACCAUAAAUAUAAAUUUACAAUCAAUAGCCGCUCUGCCAAUUAAACGCUCUGAAUUUGCGUUGACCCGAUCGCAAUUAUGAAUAUCGGCCUGCAUUUCGACUCGGGUGUCUCGUUAUUCUCGACGGGAAGUUCGUCAAAACCGGGAACAUUCCGUAUAACAAAGGCGGAUUUGGCAUACCUGGGGAUACACGUGAUGCGCCGUUGUGCACGUCUAGGUGUCCGCAUCGUCCUCGGUUCUGAUUUCUCGAUCCCUCAUCCUGGCCCUUGGUUGCUCCAGACACUUCCUCGUGGCACUGACACUCGCGACGGAUACGGCGAUUCGGUCGGAGUAGCGCGUGUUAAUUAAGGCGAUGCCGACGAGCGAGCCCGAUGGGACUGUCCACGAGUCGUAGCCGAGAAGCACACACGUCGCGAUAUGUCCUUCUCACCGGUCGGCUCGAGACGUAAUAAGUGCCACGCGAGAGUACACGGCGCCCGACAGUACCAAAACAAUCAGGCAGGAAGGGCAAAACGUCCCCCCACCAUCGUCGUCGAUCGUCGCCGCUCGCCGGCUCGGGUCACAAUGACCCGACCGCGAAAAGGUACACACAACACCAUCGAGGCGCCAUAAAAAGUUAAAUAAUGCCGGGAAAGCACAACACAAUCGCAACACUUUUUCAAUUCGCUGCGACGCCUUAAUUUUGCUUCUAGAAGAUGAAAAAAGAUUAUUAUACCGAAUGUCCGAGUUGAACCGAAUUGAAAGCUCCCACGGGUAUUUUCAAGCGUCUCGCACGAGGAAAACAGCAGUAAAUGAGCCGCGUUUUUUUACAGCACGCCGAACAAUGCCUGUGCAAUGUCACAGCUCGAGACUGUCCGUUGGUCCCUCGAGUUAGAGACGACACUUCACGGGAUUAAUGCAGAAUAUGCGAAAUUUCGACUUGGGUAAUGACGCGAUAAUGUAGUACGAAGGUACGCGAUGGUCCUUCGAGUAACGUACGUAUGACCGAUGAGUUUACGAUGAUUCCUUAUUUAUCGUCCAUUUAGCUGCGAGGAUGACAGUGAGAUUAAGACGCAUUUGUAAUCUCGGCCAAGUAGGAUUCAGAAUCGCGAGGAUCAAACCGGGAAGAGAUCGGUGUACUUAAGAGAUUCUCACGAUUCUCCCGUUCAGUGUCGACAUGUUUCGUAUAAAUGUGAUCCUGAAGAAAUAUAAAAACAAGAGAAACACACGAAAUAAACGAGAUAGUCAGUAUUACGAACGAAUCGACGUCGCGUUCGACGUUAUUUCCAUCCCCCGUGCUCUUUUCCGUCGGAAAUGAAGGAACGAUAAUUGCUGAGAGUCUCAGCGUGUUCCGGCAUACUUUUCUCCUCUCUUUUACAUCGAUCGUGCGAAUGUGCCAAGAGUCCGGCAAGGUAAACAAUUCUACGUGAGCGCGUGUGCCUGUGACGAUCCGCGGAUCUCUUCCAGCUUCCUCAUUUCGUUUCUCGUUCGGUAGUCGAGUCACCUCGAUGAGAGAAUCUUUUUCUUUUUUAUUCCGUACCCGAAUCUGGCCCGCCAAUCGGUGAUCGGUAAUCCGUGCAAAUGAUCGUUCGUUCCCGCCCGAAUUGAAUUGUACAUACGAGAGAGCUUUCCGUCAAUCGCGCCAAAUCAGUUGAUUAAUCGGCAAGUGCCAUCAGUCUCUUCUUUCCAAUCACUAAUAUCGAGGUAGGUCUGUGGGUGUGCUUGGAUCUCUAAUUCAUACGAUGGUACUUAACGAUUAAUCAUAACGCGGCGAUAGGUGAUAUUCUCGUAGCGAUUUUCAGUGGCUUUCGUUGAUCGCUCGCGAUCGAAAUCGAAUCGUUUACGGAGCAGCCGGUGAAUGUGCGCGUUAUCGCAUCGCGAGGGGAAGCGGCGCACUGUGUGAUAUACAGGGUGUUUCAAAAAGGGCGGGCUGCCUAUACGUAGUUACAUUCUGCUUAUGCAAGACUGGCAAAAAGGUUCCUACAAACGCUCAGUUCUUCAAUUAUUUAUCUCGAUUCUUUUAGUCUCGACUCGACAUCAGCUUUUCGACCAAAUUUUAGGCGCUGUGUUUACUUCCUGUGUGUCUCGAUGAGAAGAAUAUAGUCAGCCCACCCUUUUUGAAACACCCCUGUAUAGAACGAUUUGUAUACCUGAGUUUCUUCUCGCGGUCUGUAAGGUAUCGCGCAGAGGUUGCGUUUCCUUAAAAUUUUCGCAUAUUUGCUAUUUCUUCCCUCCUUUCUUAUUACUCCUCCUUCCUUAUUACUCGCCUUCCCUCCCGGAUUUAUCGGUCCAUUGGCAACCGAAUCACGAUUCUUGAAUAUCCCGAAGAAAUUAUACAUAUAUGUAGUAUGUGUUAUAUAUAUGUGGAAAAUUGGGGAUGGAAGUUGUGUUGGGAAAUCACA